AUGAAGAAUUCUUCUGAUAGUAAUAUUUGUGCUUUUCUCUUGUUGGCUUGUUCUCAACUUGUUUCAUGUGCAUCUCCAAACAAUAUCUGUUAUUCACCUGGUCAUGUCUGUAUUGAUCAUCCUCGUUGUUUCUCGCGUCCCAUUUGUUAUCCAUUGCUUGUGGCUCAACAAAUGUGUCCACCACUUUCAAUAGCAACAACAACUUCAACUUCUACUCCUCAAACACUUUGUACUUCUGCUGAAUGGAAUUCAGCUGGGAUUACAGUUAUUUCGAAUUUAUAUAGGCCGCAUGAUGUUGCUAUCGAUAGUCAAAAUAAUCUAAUUGUCGCCGAUACUGAAAACCGUCGUUUACGAAUAUAUUUCAAAAAUGGAACCAACGUUACGCUGUUGGAAAAAGUUGCAAUACACAGAUUAUUUAUUGACAAGUUCGAUAAUAUUUAUGCUGCAGAGUCACUUGGAAAUGAAAUUAAGAAAGUGAGCUCUAAUUAUCAAUCGAUAACAACAGUAGCCGGAACGGAUACUCCAGGCAGCGCACUAGAUCAACUAGUUUUAGAUGGUCAACCAGGACUCUAUGUUGAUAGUAAUAGCACUCUCUAUAUUGCUGACACGGGUAAUCAUCGAGUUAUAAAAUACUUGUGGAAUUCAACGUCUGGAGUUGUUGUAGCUGGUGGAAAUGGACAAGGACCUGAACCAAAUCAAUUAAAUGGUCCCUAUGGCAUCUAUAUCGAUGAAAUUCAUGAAAUAGGUGCAAUUUACAUAUGCGACACGUUCAACCAUCGCAUUCAAAAGUGGAUGGAAGGUGCUAGUGCAGGAAUAACUGUAGCUUCAAGCAAAGAUCAGUUGCAUGAUCCAGUUGCUAUUCUAUUGCAACCGACAUCUAACCAAAUGAUAAUGUACAUAGCAAGUUUUGAUCACAGCCAAAUACUAAAAUGGAUGCCAUAUGCACAAGAGCCUCUUGCCAUUGUUGCUGGAAUGAGUGGUAGCGUUGGUGCUGGGGCAAAUGAAUUAUUUGCGCCCCGAGGAAUCCGAUUCGAUAAAGAUUGGAAUUUAUUCGUGGCUGAUACUGGCAAUGAUAGAAUACAAAAAUUCCUAUUUAAUAUUUCUUCAUGUGCCAACAAUGAUUGA